AUGUCUACCGGAGACCCUGGGUCCCCACUGCCGGCACCGCCACCACCGGUAUCCGCCACCAGCGUCCAGCCCCCCCGCGACCGGAUCCCGAUAAGCUCGAAGAAGACGCAAGUCACGGGCCCCGCCACCGCCGCACCCAACUAUGCUGCCGCUGCGAGUCAGAUGGCGGCUCAAACACCUGAACAACAGCAACAACAACAACAGCGUGCCAAGGCUCUGGGCAGCCUCCUACAAGCCAUGGGUGCUGUACCCGGAAACCGCAUGGAUCGCUGGGUCCAGGCCAUCUACUUCGCCGAACUCUACCCCGUCGCCACCGCCACAUCGCUGAAAUUUUCGGCCUUGAACGCGAACCGGUCCGUCGAGAACAUCUUCGAUUACGCCCUUGAAGUGACUCUGUCUCACCAGAGCGCCUCGCGAGCGACUCAUGCCGACAAGAUCGAUCUCGUGGCCUACGUCACGAGGCUGCUAUCGCCCAUCUCUCCUAUCUGCUUUGAGCCUGGAGUUCCUCUGCCGGACCAUCUUGCGGCUUAUCAACCACAGAUCUUAGGCGUACAACAUUCAUCAAUCCUGCGUAAUGGGGCGGCUCACCAUCGCGUUACGGUUGGGUUCGUCACCGGCGAGGCACGUGACGCGGCGCUCACGACGCCCCCCGCUCUCACUUGGCGAUCGGCGAAGGCCCGCUUCGCGAAGUCUCACAGGUUCCACCAUAACAUGGUCGAGCUUCGAAUCAACGUCGGUGUUCAAGGAGUGCCCUCCAUGGAUGCCAUCAUCAAAUCGUUCCAAUCACUUGUGCAAGACCUGUCAGGCAAGGGACAUUCAUGCCAACUUGUGCAGGUUCUGCGCGUUAUCAGCGUGGACAACGCCUCGGCCUUCGCCCACGUUGCCGGAGACUACUCGGCUUUCCUACACUUCGAUGACGACUCCCUAUUCCAACGCCCCAACACGACCUUGAAGGAGAUUCUACCUUCGAGGAUCGACCUUCCCACUCGAGGCAUCCCGGUUACCGCCCUUCGCCAUGACUAUGAGAAGGAGGCGGCUUGCGGUAGGUGCCACUUUGUGGGUCACGUGGGAACCUGCGGACUGGAUCAGGAGAGGAAGCGGAAGGAGGCUCACAACGGCAUCAUCAACAGCAACAAAAACACCAUCACCCACAACACCAACAUCGCGGAGGCCGAGGCCCCCAUUCCUGUGCUGGUUGUUAACAGGAUCGCAUCACAGAAUCACUUCGCCGGGCUCGAGGUCGAGGAGGGACAGGAGGAAGAGGUAACUGGCCAGGGCGAACAGGGACCGGAGGAAUCGGGGGAGGAAGACGCUGGUGAUAAGGCGGAUGACGAGGACUCGGAGGACUCGGAGAUGGAAUCGGAGGCGGCCGCGAAAACGGAGGUCAUCAAAAUUGAAAGCGAGGACGAGUCGGUCUUGGAGGACUGCAGCGGAUCCGAUGGAGAGGUGAUUGAUGAGAAUGAGGUGAUGGCGGAUGAAAGAGGUGAAACGGAAGGAGAGGUGGCUACGGAGAUGGAGGAAGAGGAGGUGGCGACGGAGGUGGGCGAUGUGGACGAAGCGAGGGGAUCGACGAAAGCGGAGAAUGCGGAAGCGACGGACUUAGGGGAAACGAACAGGCUGGACAAUGACGACGACAGCGACGCCACAGCAACCGCCGCCACCGCUUCCCGCGAAUCGACGCCGCAUGAACCAACCCCACCUCUGUCACCCGAAACUCUCGCCAAGUCGCUACGCGAGGGGGAGGAGUGGGACAGGAUCAGAGCUAACUGGGUUGAGCAGGCACGACUUGAGCGGGACCAAAGCAUCGAGAGGAGGCUCAACGCUGAAACCCCUCUGGUGCGUCACAACUUUGCCACGUGGGACGAGGACGGUGAGAUACGCUCCAUCAACAUCAGGGGGACCGCUGCGAAGUUCAAGAAGCAGGUGAUGAAGAGGUCGCAGACUGCGGCGGACCUCAGUGACCCAAGUGACGAACCGACCGACGCCAAGCGAGUCAUCAUCAAAGGGAAGAGCCGCGUCGUGGUGAAGGAUGGAAUAGAGGGGCGGAGGGUGACGAGGUCGAUGUCGGCGGCAGCGGCGAUGCAGGUCGAGGUGACGAAGGUGGACAGAGGGAAAGGAAGAGGGGUAGCUGAGGAAAAACGAUGGUCCGACCACGAGCCCGAGGACGAUGUCCUGCCCGCCCUUCCCCUCUUUGAGGACGUCACCACCGCCAAGAGCGCCUCGACCUCGACUACCCAUUAAUGAUCAAGCACACCAUCAUCACCUGGAACGUAAGAAGGGGCAUGGGGGUCCCGGAAAAACGACGUAAUAUCUACACCUACCUUUCCACAUUCAAAGCUUCCGCGAUUCUCUUACAAGAGCAUUUCAUCAGACCACAAUUCUGGCAGCUCAUCAAGGACGAGUACGAGGGCAAGCUCUUCAUCAACCAGCACUGCCUGACCCUGAUCCCGGCCGACUCGCCCCUGAUCGACGCCGAGCUCUUGCGCACCCACUCGGCACUCGACGGCCGGCUCCUCGUCACCUCCUUUCGUCUGCGGGGCGACAUCAAAAUUCUAGAAAUCAAUAACCUCUACGCGCCCGUUGACCCAAAACAACGAGCAAAAUUCUUCGACAAACUGAUCCUCCACAAAACACAGAAAUCCCACCUCCGACUCCUUGGCGGCGAUCUCAACGACUGCCCGCGCCCAGAAGUCGAUCGGCGGAACCAAAGUCGGCGCGGCCACCACUGGCCGAUUCUGAUGGGCAAGCUCGACUCGGCCUACACGGACUGCAUCCGCUACAAGCACCCCAUCACCCCAUCUUUCACUCGACCUAAUCCCAAUCGCAAGCGACCCAACUCCUUCUCCCGGCUUGACUACUUUCUCCUACAAAGAGCUCACCAAAAAAGGCUCGACCAGGCCUCGACGAUCUACGACUAUCCCAAGGAUCUUUCCGAUCACCGACCGGUCUUGAUCGUACUAGCUCUCUCAGACGAUCUUGAUGCGGCUCUCCCACAGCUCAGCCUACCUACCACAUCCGACCAACUACAUCGAAUCAAUACCACAACCUUCAAGACGGUGGAAUUUCAGCGGAUGAUGGAAGGAUGGUUGGAAGGGGCAAGCGGGGAGGAUCCGGUGCGAGAGCUUGAGGAGGUUCUGGAGGCGUGCAGGGACAGGGGUGGGGAGAUGGCGAGGAGGCUGCAUCGGGAGCGGACGGAACGGAUGGAGUAUUUGGUGGGGAGGGUGCAGGAUCUGGAGGCGUUACCGGUAUGGGGGGAGGCGGAAACGGCAGAAUGGACAAGGACGUCCGAGGAACUCAAGCGGGCGGUCGAGGAGCGCGCGCGCCUACUCCGGAUCCGAGCCCACGUCCCCGAGAUCGCUUCCGAGGAACGACUGUCGCGGCCGGUCCACGCCAAGCUCGCGGCGCGGAACUCGGACUCCAAGAUCACAGCACUGCGCUUGGGCAACGGAGAGCUAACGCAUGACAUUGAUGUCGCUCUUGACCACACGCAGGCGCAUUUCCAGCGCCUCUACCACAUCGAGCCUCGUGAUCCGGAACGCGUCGACCGACUUCGGGACGAACUCCUCGUGCCGAUCAGGGCGGCACGGACUUGCGACGACCCGCGCUCAGAUCCGCUCUUUCUGCGCCGACUCUCGGAAGCGCAGAUUGAUCUCCUCCAGCAACCCAUCACCGAGGACGAGGUCGUGGCCGCGAUCGGGACGACGCACCCGGGGAGAUCGCCGGGCCCGUCGGGCGUGCCUUACGAACUCUAUCAGACCGCACCGGAGGCGUGGUCCAAGGUGCUGACCAAGGCCUACAACGCGAUGAUCGAGCGCGGUUCACUCUCUCCCAAGCAGGGCCAGGGACUCGUGCGCCUCAUCUUCAAGCGCCACAAGAAGAAUGCCGAUCGCGCCGAACUCUCGUCGUAUCGCCCCAUCACCCUGCGCGAGUGCGAUUACAAGAUUUUUACCAAGGUCUACGUCGCCCGAUUGAACCAAAUUCUGCCCGAUCUCCUCCCGCCGCAGCAGCACGGCUUCGUCAAGGACCGCCGAUCGGCCGACGCUGCACUACACCUUCGUCUCCUGAUCGAGGAACUUGGCGCGCGCAGGACCGAGUUCCCCGCGGCCGCGCUCUUGUCUCUUGACCAAUCAUCCGCCUACGACCUCGUCGAGCAUGACUGGAUCUUUGCCAUCUUCGACGCUCUGGGCGCUCCUACCACCUUUCUUCGCGUGCUGAGGAUGCUCUACUCGGGUGACUCGACCUCGGCGCGCUACAUCAUCAAUGGGUUCCUGACGGCGCCGGUGCGACUGACGUGUGGGCUCGGCCAAGGGGACCCGGCGUCAUCGUCGGUCUGGGACAUCGUGUUUCAGCCGUUCCUGGAUGCUCUACACCGUCGAAACAUCGCGCUGAAUCUCUCCAUACCUGCACUUCAUCCGUACCCACAGAGCCGCGCCAUUACAUCACUUGCAUUUGCCGAUGACGUUGUCGUCGCCGUCGCGGGCUUGGAGUCACUCAACUUGCUCGAUGACCUGGCGCUCGACUGGAGGCAUGCAACGAAUGGCCGGCUCAACACGGACAAGACGGUCGUCCUACCGAUUGGACGUCGCUGGGACCCUGGGGAACGGCCAAUCGUCGUCAAGGCCGCAGGCGAGUCGCUCGAGUGGAUCGGCCUCCCCUUCGACCCCAGCGGCGACACCGAACUCGCCUACGCGAAUCUCAUCGAACGGCUCGAGGCGACGCUGGAAGCGGUUCAGCAUCGCUGGCUCACGCACCACACCCGUGCCUUUUACGUCAAUCGGUACGCCAUUCCCAAGAUCCUGCAUUUCCUUGCAGCCGACAUCCCGCCGCCCGAAGUCGUCAAGAAGCUCGAUGACAUGCUCGUCGAUUUCGUCCGUGGGGGCAAGGGCAGGACCAGCUACGGCAGAGACAUUGUGUUCACCGCCAAGAACAAGGGGGGACUCGGGGUGAUAAGGAUGCGGGACGUUGUGGACGCGGUUGCGGCACGGCUCUGGGACGUUCUUCUCGGCGGUUCCGGCGCGAUUUGGCAAGGACUUGCGCGCGCAUCACUCCAGCGAGCUCAGCCCGACCUCGACCUGGCCACCGAUCUCUGGCCACAUCCAUCCACUCCCAUCCCCAACGACCUUCAUCCCCGAUGGCACGCCGCACUGGGCGUUCCGAAACUUCACGACGCGCAGGUCAACCCGAGGGCCUUGACCACCGCGAACUGCUCGCGCUGCCCACCCUGCUCGGCAGCCUCCACACCCCCAUCAGAGGGAGACAGACCAUCGACGCGGUUCAUGUACCUGACUACCUUCGUCUCCAGGGCUACCCGAAGGUGGCGGAUCUCUAUCGACGCGAGUUGUAUGCGGGUGGGGGGUUUCACCUCUGGACGCCGCCGGCGGAUGUGCUCGGCGACAACAGCGAGUACGAUCGACGCGGGCUCCCGCAGCGACUGGCAAUCGCGGCCUGGUACCGGUUCACUGUCGAUCGACACAAGAACACCCCCUUGGCGGCGGCGGUGGCGGCGGGACGACUCAACGUGCCUCCCCGGAUCGGCACCAGCGCACCACUCGAGGCGAUCAUCCCCAAGCCCGUGGCCCGCUUCGCAAUGGAGCAGCGCCUUCCGGACCCGGUGCUUCCACAACAGGCGAGCCAGUAUACGCUGCUGAACAUGGCUCGCCCCUACACAGUCCGUCGCAUCCGCCGGGUCCUGAACGCGAAGGCAUUUACCAACAUGCUCGGGCUCAAGGGACCACCGCAGCCGGACGACCUCAGGAGCUUCUGGAAGGCAGUCAACUCGAAGGCACUGACGCGAGGGAGAGGGAAGUUUGGUUCAAGCUGAUCCUCCGCUUCACCCCGACGCGCAAACUCCAGCACGAGCAAAAGCAUGUCACUUCUCCCGCGUGCCUCGUGUGCGAAGCGCCGGUGGACGACACCGAUCACUACUUCUUCGGCUGCGUCGACUCGCGGAACGUCUGGACCGCGGCAAGGGGCGUGCUCUGCGACGCGCUCGGAUGCGACACGAUCGAGGACGCCGAGUACACGACACUACAACGACUCUUUGGCCUCCCCAAGCUCAAGGCCAAGCUCAGCGAACAGGAAGGCGCAGGCAGGACGAUCGAGAUCUUCACGGGGAUGGUCUUGGAGAUGAUCAGCAGUGGGAGAUGGAGGAUGCAGAAGCACGGGACGAGGAUGGAAAGCCUGGAGCGGAGGAGGGUGGUACUGGAGGAGAGGAUGAAGUUGAGGGCGGGGGGAGCAAGGGGCGGGCGAGGGCAGUAG